AUGGCGCUGAGUUUCGCCAUUACUCGAAAAGCACCAGUGACAGAUGUCAUCUUCUUGCCGUCAGAAGAUGAAGGAAGUAUUGAGUGGCUUCUCUCAAGCGCAGCGUCUACCGUCAACAAUCUAGAAGCGUCUAGGGGAGACUCUAGCUGCAAGGAAACGAUUCAGAUGCAACGAGGCGUACCUGAUCUAGCUGCAUGA